GGGCAGACGGCACAUUGUGGAGCAGAUGGAAAAGAACCAGGAGGAGCGAUCGCUGCUCGCUGAGCAUAGGGAGCAGGAGAAGGAGCAGAUGCUGCAGUAUAUGGAACAGCUCCAAGAGGAGGAUCUAAGGGAUUUGGAACAAAGGCACCAGCGAAAACUGAAGAUGCAAGCUGAGAUUAAGCGCAUCAAUGAUGAAAACCAGAAACAGAAAGCACAGCUUCUGGCUCAGGAGAAGCUGGCAGACCAGAUGGUGAUGGAGUUCACCAAGAAGAAGAUG